CUGAUUGGUCCGUUGCAGCCCAGCUUUGUUGGGGCCGCCUUAAGAACGCAUCUGUCACACCUGUUCCACGCCUAGUGCGAGCACAGAAUGACCGCACCCCUGAAGCCUGAGCCGGAGACGGACCUGGGGAGAGUUAAGGUGGAAGAGCACUGCUGGGAACCCGACUCCACCUCACACCAGGACGGUGCUCACAGGAGGGAACUGUGCAGGCAGCACUUUAGGGGGCUCUGCUAUCAGGACGCACCUGGCCCCCGGGAAGCACUUACCCAGCUUGGGGAGCUGUGUCGCCGGUGGCUGCGGCCAGAAUGCCACACCAAGGAGCAGAUCUUAGACCGCCUGGUGCUGGAACAGUUCCUGAGCAUUCUCCCGAGGGACCUGCAAGCAUGGGUGCGGGCGCAGCACCCGGAGACUGGAGAGGAGGCCGUGGCUGUGCUGGAGAGCCGGGAAAGGGAACUGGAUGUGCCAACAAAGCAGGUUUCAGCCAGUUCAGAAAAACGGGAGACACUCCUGGACAAGUUGACGGUCUCAAGAAGACUUCCCGAGUCCCUCUCAGUUCAGCUUCAUCCCAGCAAGAUCCAGCAGGAGCAGGAAUAUGGGAAACCCCUGAGGGACGGUGCGAAAACCAGGACGAAGAAUGAAGAGCCGUUCCAGAAGGAAGACAGGCCCAAAGACUUGGAAUCCCUCGGGGAGCUGAACGGGAGGCUGAGCGAAGACCUCCCUCCGCACCCCGAAUCCAGAGAAGCUGCAGAAAGUGACGGCAGAGGAAAGUGGCCACCGAGAGGCAAAAGACGCUACACGUGCGAGGACUGUGGCAAGAGUUUUGGCCACAGCUCAGACCUCAGUAAGCACCGGAGAACCCACACGGGCGAGAAGCCCUACAAGUGCCACGAGUGUGGGAAGUCCUUCAUCCAGCGCUGCCACCUCAUCGGCCACCAGCGGGUACACAGUGGCGUGAAACCCUACAAAUGCAAAGACUGUGGGCGAGAGUUCAGCGGGCGCACGGGGCUGGUUCAGCACCAGCGAAUCCACACCGGGGAGAAGCCCUACGAGUGCCACGAGUGUGGGCGGCCCUUCCGCGUCAGCUCGGGCCUGAUCCGGCACCAGAGAAUCCACACGGGCGAGAAGCCCUACGAGUGUGAUGAGUGCGGGCGGCCCUUCCGAGUGAGCUCGGCCCUGAUUAGACACCAGAGAAUCCACACGGCCAAUCAGUUCUACUGACCCGUCGCGCGGGCCUGAGGAACUA